GUGGCCAGCUAUCCCUUUCUCAAAGCACUGGCCGUCAGGGCACAGGCCCAUACGCCUCCUGCUGCUCCUUUCUUCAGUUCGUCUUCCUCCUCUGGAUCGAGACCUUGGAGCCUGCUCCAUGGACCUGUCCAUGGAAACGGAGGGCGAUUCCGAACAGAGGAUUAGCCGCGGGCAUGCGGGCAAUACUGGUGCUGCCCGGCCUAUAGAGUCCCAGGAUUCUAUCAGCGUCGCCGAGGCUGACAUUCGCCGUGCAGGGGACCUCCGUAGCGGUGGCGGAGAUGCCGGAUUUCUUGGCGAGGACCCGCUCUUGCAAGUUUGUUCGGAGGCUACGAGCGGAUGGACACGCAGGGUAAGGAUCAGAAAGGCCCCCGCUGAGCGCGAGCUCAACCCGAACCGGAAAAGUGCCCUUGAAUUGUCCAUGAGGGCUUUCAUAUUGAAAAGAGAUGGCAAUGUUGUCAACCCAGCUGUCGGGACCUCUUUUGAUUCAUUGGAUGAAGCCUAUCAAUUCUACAAUUUAUAUUCGUGGGAGCUUGGAUUUGGUAUAAGGUAUUCGAAAAGCAGGCUAAAUGUGGAGCGGGUGAAGUGCAUGCAGGAGAUAGUCUGUGGAUGUGCGGGUAAUACAAGAUCAACAUGGAAAGGCAGCUUUUUGCACGUCGGGACGUGACAAAAACAGUGCCGCACGCUGUUGUUCCAUCUUGCCCAUUACGAGGGCUGUAGAUGUUCACCCUAACCAACUACUUCGGUUGCUAGCUGUGUAAAAACGAAUUACCAAUAUAUUUAUUAUGGCAGAACCGUAUGGAUAAUGCUUAAAGCGGCCGGUAAAAGUAGUUAAAAAGUGUAUAAAAAAUUGUUGACUGGCUAAUUGUGUUUUUUUGCUGUGAAACACGGGCGAUUAUAUUACGUGGUAGGAAUUGAUAUCAUUUUC